ACGACCAACACGGCUCUUAACCACCAACGGCUCGUACCAAGACGCGCGCGUUUCUACAUCAUAAAACUUGGAAGGCCAGAUAUUUGCGCUUGAAGCCUCCACGUCAGUGACCUCUGCUGCUAUAACUAAGGCUCAGUCAUUCUUUCGCCAUGUCUACGCAGGCCGUCGCCAUGGAUCGAGCGCCAUUGUUUGGCUCGUCAGCCACCGAAACAGGCACGAUAGAUGAACGUGAAGGCCUGACCAAGUCGGCCUCCUUGUAUGGAGACGAGGAGGAAGGAAAGAGAGGUUCUGUCGAUCACACCGACGACGAUGAUGACCAUCCAGACGACCAUCUGCUUGACUCUGGGUCCGAAAAAACACAAGAACAGCCGGCCAGCUUUCGGAUCGCGCUCCUAUGGAUGGUCAUCAACACUGUGGCAACCAUCUGCAUUGUCUUCGCGAACAAGGCCAUCUUCUCGGAUCCAUCAUUGAAGCUUUGCCAGUUGACGUUUGCCGCCUUCCACUUCUUCGUCACCUGGCUCACACUGCACCUUCUCUCCCGACCUUCUCUUGCCCUGUUCGUCCCCCGGCGAGCUUCGAUCAAGACACUGAUCCCUUUGUCUGUGGCAAUGAGCCUGAACGUCAUCCUUCCCAACUUGUCACUCGCCUUCUCCUCGGUCACUUUCUACCAGCUCGCCCGCAUUCUUCUGACGCCGACUGUGGCACUCAUGAAUUUCGUGCUCUACCGGGCCACCUUGCCCCCUGCUGCCAUUGCCGCCUUGAUCCCGGCGUGCUUUGGCGUCGGCAUGGUCUCCUACUAUGAUACACGACCUACAUCGGAUGCUGCAAUCCACAGCACAUCUGUGCUUGGUGUUGUUUUCGCUUUCACAGGCAUUUUUGCCUCUUCACUAUACACGGUCUGGAUUGCCAGCUAUCACCGCAAGCUUGAGAUGUCAAGCAUGCAGCUGCUGCACAACCAGGCGCCGAUUGCUGCCUUUCUACUUCUAUAUGCCAUUCCCUUCGUGGACAACUUUCCAGUAUGGUCAGAGGUGGCUCUUCCGCGAUGGAUUCUCAUCUUGAUCUCUGGUCUUUGUGCCUCUCUUAUCAACAUCUCCCAGUUCUUCAUCGUUGCUCAGACUGGUCCGGUCUCGAGCACAGUGGUGGGCCACGUCAAGACUUGCACCAUUGUAGCCUUGGGCUGGAUGAUCUCCGGGCGAGGUGUUGACGAUGCUUCUAUUUUCGGCGUGCUCAUUGCCAUUGGAGGCAUUGUUGCGUAUUCUGCGGUGAUGCUUAAACAUAAAGGCAAAAGCUAGUGCCAUUUCCAUCUGAGUGCCACACGAGCCAAAUCGGAAUUUGGCAGGCACUCGUUGAUUGUAAAUACACUGACAGGUGGGGUUUGAGUGGACCAUUGAUUUCUUGGGCAGGCGAACUGCAGGGGAGGGCGUCUGAAAUGGCGUUCACGAUCGGGUUUUUAGUGUUCGAGGGUUGUACCAAGAACUAGUUCAGAUAGGAGCAACGACAAGGGGUUGAGACAA